CUAAGCCCAGGAUCCUGCAUUAGUCCCAGCCCAUGGUGGAAUUCUUGCUCCCUCUUCUCUGGAAUGCUGUGAGUGAAUCUGGAAGGAUUUCUUGAACAGACAUUUUUGAUUAAAGCCCCUGUUAAGAAGGCUGUCUCGGCAGAUCAACGCUUCUCCAGAUCCACGCGGUCAGGAAAAGCAGCAGAAUGGAGUUUCGAGGUGCCUGCUUGCUUCUGUGCCUCUUUUGCCUUGUGCAGGCUACAAUUCAGCAAGCCCCCACACUCAAACAAAGGCCGGUGAGCACCAAGAAAGAUGGUGUGAGCCUCAAAAUGAUUGAAGAUCUUAAGGCUCUGAUUGACAACAUCUCCCAGGAGGUGGCUUUACUGAAGGAAAAGCAAGCACUUCAGACAGUGUGUUUGAAAGGCACUAAAAUUCACCUCAAGUGCUUCCUGGCGUUUUCCAACACCAAGACGUAUCAUGAAGCCAGUGAAGACUGCAUCUCCCAGGGCGGCACCCUCAGCACCCCCCAGAACGGGGAUGAAAAUGACGGACUCUACGAGUACAUGAGGAAGAGCAUCGGGUCAGAAGCAGAAGUCUGGCUCGGUAUCAAUGACCUGGCAGCCGAGGGCAAAUGGGUGGAUAUGACAGGCAGCAGCAUCCGCUACCGGAACUGGGAGACUGAGAUCACCACCCAGCCGGAUGGCGGCAAAGCGGAGAACUGUGCAGCCUUGUCAGGGGUUGCCAUUGGCAAGUGGUUUGAUAAGAAAUGCAAGGAUCAAUUGCCAUAUGUGUGUCAGUUCAUGAUUGUCUAAUAGCAGAACUCCUACUGCUGACCUGUUGCCUGGGAUAUUCUGUUUGGCAUCAGGAAUAUAUAUAUGUAGUUUAUCUAUUUGUACAUAUAUAUAUGCAAAUAGAUAAACUAUUUGCAAAUAAAGUCAUCAUGGCUCAGUAAUACAUUAGAGCAAGUUAGAUCUAUGCUGCAUUUUAAUUGGCUAAAAGCUACAUCCAACUCCAUUGCAGCUGCGUUGUUCUUACUAAGGCAUGAUUUAUAGAUAUAUUUUUUUAAAAUUAGAAACAUAUUAAGAUGGCUUAUGUGAUAUAAUAAAGAACCGCUGCAACACUCCGACUUUGCAAACCAUACCAAAGGGUUCAUAAGCCUCAUUCAAUUGUUGCUGUAGAUACGUUUCCUGCAAUUCCCCUUCCAUUAUUGCUGAUUUUAUCAAGCUAUCCAUGAACUAAUCAAAUCUUUUCCUCCUGUCAAUUCAUGAUCAGAUCCGGCUCCCCUUACUCUGGAAAGACAGACCGAGCUUUCAUUCAGUGAAAUCAGAAUCCAGUGUAACUGAGACCAGUAUCGAUUUCAUGCUGAUGAACAUGUUGUUCCUAGUGGUAGGACUAAUUCUUCUUCCCUGACUUUUACACUUACAAUUGAGAUGCUGGCAGAAUUGAGCUGUCUGAUAAUACGAUGCUGUCUUAUGAACUAGAAAGAAGACUGAUCUAUAAAGAAGGAGGGUGGUAUUUUUCAGAACUCAGAUUUGGCAUCGCUCUUGUUCCAUUAAACUAAAUGGAUUUCAAUGGGAGUGGCUAGACCGGGUACUUCUGAAAAUUCCACCUGAGAGCUUUAUUUUGGAGGAAUUACUGAUUAUUUACUAACUCAUUCAUUAAUAUAUAGUUUGUGCAUAUGACUAGUGGCCAGGCUCUUUCGGAACACUAGAAGUAUAAAAAAGUCCUUAAAUCCCAAGAAAAUCAUAUUUACCCCCUUUGAUCUGUUUUUGUGAUGGACUAUAUUGCAUAACUGAACUGCUUUAGCACAGGUCUCUUGUGGCCCAUCGGGGUUCUGUGUGUGGCCCACGAGACAUUUUUUUUACUGUUGCCCACACACAGGAUUGCUGGAUUCUGCUGGUUUUCGUUCACAUUUUUUUCCCUUAUUGGUAUUACUAAAGUGACACGCUUGUAAAGCCAGGGCACAUGAAGUGACGUGCGUGCUGAUUGCACACAACAUUGACUGUGAGAGCUGUGUGCGCCCUCUGUAACCAAUCAAAACCCUGCUAUGGUUCAAUUGGCACACAGCAAAUUCUAGGGACGCAAGUGCAGUUCGCAAAACUACCCUAUGCUGGGAGACUGUUGUGGUUACGACAACCUUGCGGCCCUCUGAGAUGAUGGAGGGCCACUCAUAUGAUCCACUCACUAGCCGAGGUUGCCCAUUGUUGCUCUAGUAUCUGUUGAGUUGGCUUACUGGCCUCUCCACUCAGAGCCAGAGUUUCAGCUGGUGUCAAUUGGUGUAGCUAUGUUUGUUCCCCUGGCUUCAAUAGAGCUCAGUGAUUGACAUCAGCUGAAAAUCUGGCCCCGGCAUUUCUUUGCUGGGAAGAGCAUUAAAGAAAAAUUUCAACAGAAACAUUUGGUUUAAGAAGCAAUGAUGGAAAAGUAAUGACAGGCCUAUCCAGGGCAGUUUAAUGAGGCUUUGACAAAGUUGUUUUUCUUAAAGUUUACGGAAAUGUAUCAGUGGUUGUUUAAGUCCACCAUGCUUAAUGUUAACCCAUUGGCUACGUCUAGACUGGCAUGAUUUUCCGCAAAUGCUUUUAACGGAAAAGUUUUCAGUUAAAAGCAUUUGCGGAAAAGAGCGUCU